AUGGAGAUAGGAGCUGAGGAAGCUGACAAUACUCAAACGCUGUAUGAAGCAAGCAUGAGGGGAUGUGUAGCCACCUUGAACACAUUGAUUCAGAAUGAUCCAUUCAUUUGCCAUAAAAUUUCACUCACUGCCUUCACUGAAACUCCCUUACACAUCUCAGCUUUGCUUGGUCAUGUUGAAUUCAGUAAGGCUCUUGUGAGCCAAAAACCUCAACUUGUCACGGAGUUGGACUCAUUCAAACGCUCGCCUCUUCACUUAGCUUCUGCUGAGGGCCACACUGAGAUUGUCAAAGAGCUGUUGCAAGCAAAUAAGAAGGUGUGCUUGGUUGCUGAUGAAGAGGGCAGAAUUCCUCUCCAUUUGGCUGCAAUGAGAGGGAGAGUCGAGGUGAUACAAGAGCUGAUAAGUGCAAAACCUGAGUCAAUUCUUGUGCAAAUCAACGGAGAAACAGUUUUACACUUGUGUGUUAGGUAUAAUCAUCUGGAUGCUCUGAAACUACUGAUGGCAUCAGUCAAUGAUGAGGUGUUUCUCAACUCCAAAAACCUUGAAGGCAACACUAUCUUGCAAGUCUCUGCCAUGUUGAAGCAAUUUGAGACUACAAGGUACUUGCUUUCAGUACCAAAGAUAAAAGUAGAUGUCAACUCCUUGAUCGAGAAUGGCUUUGCAGCAAUUUACAGAAACGGCACAAUUCCAAGGAAUUUGCAAAAUCCUAUUACUGAGACAACCACCAAAGCUCAAAGCACUCGAUCGGCCACCAAAAAAUCAAAAGCUGCUCUCAAGAAAGAAGCAAAAUCUCAUGCAGCAUUAUUGUCAUCAACGACAUAUGACUGGAGCAAAAAGGUAAUGAAGUACAAGAGUAACAAUUAUGAAAAUAUAAGAGGCAACUUGAUAGUGGUGGCCACAUUGAUUGCAGCCAUGAGUUUUCAAGUGGCAACAAAUCCACCAGGUGGGGACUGGAAAAGUGACGGAACCAAUAAAAAAGAUCAAAACUGCACAAUUGGAGCAGUAAACUGCAUUUUUAAAACUUCAAUAAAUGAAUACACUCAUGACAAGCUAGUAUUUUUCAGCACUCUCUCAUUUUCAGCAUCACUAAGCAUAAUCUUGUGGCUUAUCAGUGGAGUUCCUCUCAAAAACAGAGUUUCAGUGGGGAUUUUGCUCAUAGGAAUGUGGGCUACAGUGCUGUUUGUUGCAGCUACAUAUUAUUUAUACAUCAGCUUGGCUAUGCCACAUGAUUCACAAGAUCAAUAUGAUCACGUAUUUGAUUUUAUUAGUGUUUGGUACUUAUGGCUUUGGGCUGGGUUGCUUGCAGUCAUAAUUGCGAUUCAUACGCUUAGAUUUUGUUGGUGGGUGGUGAAGAAGCUGUUCAUGGGUGUAGUUUAUAUAGUUAGAUGUUGCUGUUGCUGUUGCUGUUAUAAGAACAAAAAGAACCAACACCAUGAUCAGAUUAUGGUGAGUGUUUAAGAAGAAGACUAGAUUGCACUUUAUGCAUACAUACAGCUUCCAAUUUCCAUUGCAUCCCAUCAUGACGUCGUUAACGAAUACGAGUUUAAGUUAGUUUAUAGACAUUGAAUUUCUUGAAUAGUAAAUGUGUUUUAGAUGAAGGAUGCUUGCGUUGUUAUAGAAUUACUUAAUCCCAAAGCUUAGACUAUUAGUUAAGAUUCAACUCUUAAAUAUAUAUAAAUACUGCAAAUUAGACUAAUCAGUUAUUUCUUUCCAUGUCUCAGACACACCGAUACUAGUACUAAUGUUACGUAAAUGUAACUCCUUGUUCAAACAAUUCUAUUCGGAGUUCUUAG